AUGGGCCAUGAUGGACAUGGCACAAAGAAAACCAGUUCAGAGUCUAAUGCAACUUUAAGUUAUACAACUAAAGUAUCAGAAUCAAAUAAUGGAAGAUCAGCAAGAUCAUAUUUGACUUCUGAAGAUCAAGUUGCAGGGAAUGGGUUGAGUGAGCCAAUUGAAGAACAUGUUGUCACUCAACAGAAAAGGGCUGCGAUGAUCCAUGAUUUUUGUUUUGGAAUUCCCUUUGGUGGGCUUGUUUUAAGCGGGGGGCUUGUUGGUUUUAUUUUCUCUAGAAAUCCUACUAUCUUGAGCACUGGUGUGCUUUUUGGAGGUGCUUUACUGGCUCUCAGCACUACUAGCUUAAAGGUCUGGAGACAAGGAAAAUCCAGCUUACCGUUCAUACUAGGUCAAGCAGUACUCUCUGUGGCGCUUCUCUGGAAGAACUUUCAGACCUACUCACUGACGAAGAAACUCUUUCCAACUGGCUUUUAUGCUUUUAUCAGUUUUGCAAUGCUAUGCUUCUAUUCCUAUGUGGUGAUAUCUGGAGGAAACCCACCUCCAAAGAAAUUGAAGUCAUCAACUGUUGCCCCAUCAUAUUGA